AUGAGCGACGCGAACAGCAAAGUGGCACGGCUACAAUUCCUCUGGAAGGCAUCCCACCUCCUCCUCACCCAAUGUCCCGGCGCAUCAUCCCACUACAUGUCCCAGUUCCUCUCCCUCGCCAACGACCAAGACCUCCGCCUUCACGAAGAUAUCCAGACAAGGUCCUGUGCCGCCUGUGGGACCAUCUUUAUCCCUGGCGUCAAUUCUAAAAUCAGAGUCGUCCCUGUGGCCGAGACGCGCGUUAAGCGAGAGAAACGGAAAAGAGUCGAGCGCAAGAAGGCUAAACAGGACAAGAAGAAGCACCAGCAGAAGGCGCAGGAAGCAGCGGGAGGAUCUGAUCAGGCGGCGGUUUCUUCUGAGGGCAACUCUACAACAACAACAACAACAACAACAACGAGUCAACCAGUAGGAUCAGGGUUAGACACUACCAAGACUACAACGACAACAACAACCAAAUCGUCACAACAGGCACCACCACCACGUCCCAAGAAAAUCAUCCACAUUACACCCCACACAGAACUCGCUCAACAGCAGCAGCAACAACAAACCCAGCAACGCAUCAACAUCCGCAACGGCUCCACUGCUACCGCUAACACCUCAAAACCCGACAAACACGCCAACCAGAUCCUGAACCACGUCAUCUACUCCUGUCAACGCUGCGAUCGCAUCACAGAACUACCUGGAACCAAGGAAGGCGUUCUCCAUACCCGUGUCAAGGUCACUAAACCAGUCUCGCAUCGACGGAAACUUAAGGAUCUCCAGAAGCAACAACAACAACAGCAACAGCAACUACAAGAACCUGUCGCCGUUAGAGCCACCCCUACUUCAGCGGCAAGUACGAACCCUUCAACACCAACAUCAACAACAUCAGGACUUCAACCACUCAAUACAAUCACAUCCGCAAGGUCUUCACCCAAACUACCAUUUACGCCGACCAACAACAACACAAACGCAAAACGACCAGCUUUCUCUCAUUCUUCACCAUCUCCAGCAGCGGGGGCAGGACACCAGGACCUCAAACGGACAAAGUACUCUGUCUCUUUACCGGCCUCGCCCACCGCAGGACUCUCGAGAGCAACAUCCGCAGCACCCUCUGCGGCAACAUCUCCAGCAGCCUCACCUCGCCCCUUUGGAUCGGACGACAUGAAACCUGGUCUCGGUGGCGGUGGUGGCAACAACAAGAAGAAAAAGAAGGGUGGUCUUAUCAGCAUGCUCGCCAACCAAAAACCCAAGGACUCCGACGCAGGUGCUGGCGGAUCUGCCGGUGGCAGUGGUGGUGGUGACAGUGUCCUCGCCAACUUUUUGAUGGGUCUCUGA